AUGCCCACUCAUCCCAGGACCUCGAUAAACUCAUCAAGCUCUCGAGCGGCUCCCUUGGCCAUCUCUUUCAACAAUAACGAACCAAUCGAACAAAACAUCAGCUACUCUGCUAAUCAAGAUGACCUCAGAAAACGAUCCAAUCAACUGGCUAGGCUCGCACUAAGGGCUGAAUCAGCCUCCAUUCGAUCAUCAACACUCACUGAUCACUCUUCCUGUUUCGACGACGAGGAUGAGGUGGAUUACGAGGAUGAGGAUGAACUAGAGGAAGAUGAAUAUGACCGCUUUGAAGAUCCUUCGACCGAGCAAGUCAUACAAGCACACCGAAACGGCACUCAAUCAAGAACUGAUCACCAGAGCCUCAACCAAGAAACCGAUUCAUCACAGCUGCAGCAACCCUUGUCUACCCAACCCAGCAUCAAAGUACAACCACCCGAUGAACGUAGUCCGUUCUAUUUCGGACACUACUAUGAUACCCAACCCACCUCAGAACCUAACAACUAUGGAACACUACCCAAACCGAUUGCCAAUUCGCGUUCGAAGCAGUCUAGGCCAAGCCUUCAUUUUUUACGGAAACUCGUCGGAACAUUCCCAGCCGUAAUCCUAGGACUGAUGAUGAACGUGCUCGAUGGCGUCAGUUACGGCUUGAUUAUGUUUCCUACCGGCGCUGGGAUCACUACCUUCGAUGGCUUUGGUGGGAUCGGAAUUAGCAUGUUUUUUAUGACCUGUAUCGUCAGUCAACUAGUCUAUUCACUCGGUGGUUCUGGUUUUCCCGGUGGCAAUGGUAGUAUGAUGAUUGAGAGUGUACCGUUCAUGCACGUGAUUGCAAAGAAAGUUAUCAAGGGGAUUGGACCGGAGCAUCCCGAAGAAAUCAUCGCGACCACUAUGGUCUCGUUUGCCCUGUCUUCAAUCCUUACCGGGGUGGCCUUUUUUGGUCUGGGUGCACUCAAACUUGGAAAUCUGAUGGGAUUCUUCCCUAGGCAUAUCUUGGUAGGAUGUAUCGGCUCUGUAGGCGCGUUUUUGAUGUUGACAGGAAUUGCGGUUACGGGGCAUUUGGACGAUGGCUUUUCUUUUUCUGGCAAUACACUCCACCAUCUGAUCCACGCCAAUAUCCUUCCCUUAUGGCUUGUUCCGCUCGGACUCGCUGUCGCCUUGCGCGUCUUGACAUCCUUUUUCAACCAGCCAUUUGUGGUUCCCACUUACUUUUUAAUCAUCCCAUUUCUGUUCUACGGUAUCACUAGUAUGACUGGCAUCUCACUUGACACCCUGCGCUCUACCGGAUGGGUAUUUGAUAUCAACCUAUCCGAAAACAGUAGUCCCUUCGCCUUUUACUCGCUGUACAAAUUUCACGCCGUCGAUUGGAAAGUCUUGAAAACCACACUCAUGGAGCAAGUUGCUAUGGUGAUAUUUGGACUUCUGCAUGUGCCCUUGAAUGUUCCUGCAUUGGCCUUAUCGCUAGGCAAGGACGACGUUGACAUCAAUAAAGAAUUAAUUGCCCACGGGAUCUCAAAUACUCUGGCUGGAUUGACAGGCACUGUGUCUAACUAUCUAUGUUACGUCAACUCUGUGCUUUUUGCACGAGUUGGGGGAGAUUCUCGUUUGGCUGGUACUGUGUUGGCAGUAGUGAUGAUGGGCGUUUUCGCCAUAGGCCCUGGUGUAAUCGCCUACCUCCCCAUAUGUGUAGUCGGUGCAUUGAUAUAUGUGCUCGGGAUCGACCUUCUCAAAGAGGCUUUAUGGGAUACUUGGGGCAAAGUUAGCUGGGUCGAAUAUGGCACCAUCUGGGCAAUUAUCAUUGCCGCAACGUGGCAUGACUUUGUUGUGGGGCUCAUCGUCGGUGUUCUCUUGGCUUGUAUGUCAUUUGUGGUAACUUCAUCCCAACACAAACCAAUUCGAAGUGUCAUGGAUGGUUGCACUGCCCGAUCUACCGUCCGGAGGCAUCCGACUCAACAUGCAUUUUUGAAGCGAGUUGGAAUGCAAACCCGAGUGAUCAAACUACAGGGUCAUUUGUUCUUUGGCACGAUUUCGGCGUGUGAACAGCUAAUCAAGAAUAUUCUGCAUAGCGCAGACAAGCAAUCGAUCCAGUUCUUGGUUGUAGAUUUUAGCUCAACGGCGUCAAUCGACUUCAGCGCAGUGGAAGCCUUCUUAAGGAUCCAUCGACUCCUAUUGUCAAAGUCUAUUGUAUUUGUGAUUUGCGGAACUGGGAAUCAAGUCUCAAAAGCUUUGAGAAGUGUUGGCCUAUGGAGCGGCGAAACGAUUGAGGUGUUUGAGCAUCUAAAUCAAGCUCUAGAGCACUGUGAGAACGUAUACUUGAGAAAUCUAUAUUUCCGUCGAGAAUCCGACCUCCGAACAGCUCCACCCAAUUCGCAAUCCAGUUUGGGGGCUCCACGGGGUUCUAGCCCAGAGGUUACUUCCCCCAGCCGUAGCCCACGCUCUGUUACCGAUAUGGAUACCGAUGCAGCCAACAUGGCCCGGAGUAUUCUACAGCCUCUCCCGCUGCUCUUGCAGACUUUUAGGCCAUUUUUGCCAGAUCAGAAUGAAUCAUUUUGGCUGCAGAUCUCCCCGUACUUUCAGCGAGUGGAAUUCAGACGAGAAAUGCCCAUUUGGAGGAUCGGUGCAAAGGCAGAUUGUUUCUAUCUCAUACAGAGUGGGAUCUUGAAAGCAUCUUAUGCAUGGCCUACUCUAUUACCUUUGAAGAACGACUCCUCAAUGGCCACUCAAUCACUUGAGCGGAAGCAUCAAAUCGAGGAAAGUAUGCUACCUGGUACAGUAGCUGGGGACCAUACGUUCCUAGCCCAACUGAAUCGCAAUACGAACGUGACGGCGGAGACGGAUGCGGUACUGUGGAAAAUGGAUCGCACAUCAUGGGCCAAAAUUGAUAUCAAUUCACGCGAAAUCGUCGGUAUAGGAUUGUUGAAGAUGGCCGCGGUCGAAGAGGAAGUUUUAAUCGGGCAUCUGUUCACAAGGUUUUAA